AUGGAAAAUCCUAACGAGCAUAACACAGACAAAAAGGUCAUCAAAAUAGAAACAAGUCAAGUUGGGAAAAGUGUUGUUUCCCUGAAAAAAAGCAUAGAUAAAAAGGUAUUCAUCGGAUAUCACACAAUAGAAACAAAAACGCAAGCCGCGAAUUUAUCGAACAAUUCUAGUGAAGUCAGUCCAAUAACCGAGUCAGUUGAAGAAGUAAUUCAUGCUAGUGAAGUCAGUCCAGUAACCGACCUCGGUUUUUUCGAAAGAAGCCCAGACCUUAAGUGGUCGGUUGCGGUCUUCGAUGCUGAAAAUAUCUGUUGGAUCGCAUUUUCUUUAUACUCUUUUAAUUUCGAAGAUAAAAAGAACGAAAAUCCAUAUGCCAAUGCGUCGUUGCGACCAAAAUAUUGGUUGAAGGGGAUUGCUGAAAAAGAUGAUGUAUCUGAAAAGGAUGGGUUUUUCUUUAAUUAUACAUGUAAUCGCACGAAAAAGAUUACUACCAUUACCGUCCAAAAAAAGGAUGUAGUUUUGCUUAAUUAUAAUAGCACGGAAAAGACUGUUCGAGCAAGCCGUAACCCUGAUGAAAACCACGAAGAAAGAAAAGAAGAGGCGAGCGAUGGAAGAAAAUUUGAAAACGCAAAUGCUAUCAUAAUCAACAGCGAUGGAGGGAAAUUUGAAAACGCAGAUGCUAUCAUAAUUGACAGCGAUGGAAAGGAGAUAAUCCAUAAAGCCAGCAAAGAGAAAAUUGAAGAAAGCGCAUAUACCAUCUCUAUCCCAACCGACAGCGAUGUAAUAGAAAUUAUCCAUGAAGACAGCGAAGAGGGAAAGGAAAUUGACAAAAAUGCAUAUAAUAACCAACGCGAAACAAUAAUAAUGGGGAUAUCGACGAAAGAAAAUAAAUUGUCUCCUGUUAAUAUUUGGUCAAUUCCAACAGCUUUGUCUAAAUAUCUUAUCCGUCCAAUUAUAUCCGAUUGUAAAUUUGACGAGGAAAAUCAAUCGGUAAAAGUGACAUUAAAAUCGCGUGAGGACGGAAACAAGUGUGAAUUUAAACAUGCCAUCGCAUUUCAACCACAUGCUACAUCUAUACGAUAA